UGAAAUGGUUUUACUUCUGGAACCUGGAAAUAAGCAAGCAGUGACUGAGCUUUCCAAACUUAAAAAGGAAUUAAUUGAAAAAGGACACUGGGAUGAUGUCUUUCUCGAUUCCACACAAAGGCAAAAUGUUGUAAAACCCAUUGAUAAAGCACCUCACCUUAGAUCAACUAGACCACUCAAGAAGGUUCUUAUUGAAGAAACUGGUAAUUUGAUUGAGACUGUUGAUGUGCAAGAGAGCAGUACAGCUAUGGAUAGUCAUCCUGUCCAUGUAGCGAAUGCAGGAGCAGCCUCAGGCUCCGUGGGUAAGAAGAGCUCAAGCCCUGAGGACUGCUUGCCCACCAGUGACACUCCAAGGGCCAAAGUACUGAAGAUAGAAGAAAUCAGCGAUAUGUCAGCCCCACAGUGAG